UAGAUCAAAAUAUGAUUGGAGUGGGUCUUAAAUGAAACUCUUUCAUUUGGUGCUCUAAAAUAAAUGUUGUAAAAAUGGUUAAACACCUAACAUAUUCUAUUGCUAUGGUAAAAUGGGUGAUUAUACACCAAUUAAAUGGUCUGCACAGUUAUUAAAUUGGGAUUUUAUAUUUUAUUUUUAACUUUAUUUUAUAGUACGAGCUGCUGUCCCUGAUUUUUUUUUAAUCGUUUUUUUAAGUAAAAAAAGUUGAACCCACUAAAGCUGCUAUUUUGCCUCAAAACUGAGCUGAUGGAAACUUUCAUUCCUCCAUUAAAAUUUCCCCUUUAAACAAACCCUGAGCAGCUGCAGACAUUUCUGAUGAAUCAGGGUUUUUCCAAACAAACAUAAACACAAAUAAAGUCAUUUUUACAGGAUUUCUUUUCCCCCAACACCCCUUUUUUUGUAAAGCUUGUAAAUGAGCAAUGUUGCUGACUCUUUUAAACAUUCAACUGUGUGUGUUAGCAAAUUAAUUCAUUUUUAGCUUUAUAAUUGCAUAUUUGUGGGGAAGCAGUCCUCUUGUGUUUGAGUUAUUCUUUACUGCCGGGCACAGUUUGGAGCCGUGCCAUAGACUUCCUGUUGAGAUGCCAAAAUAAGGAAGUUAAGACAUUUUUUUUCCUUUUUUAAAUUUUGUUUUCAGCUUUUUUUUUUUUUUAGAACAAGCCAGACAAUUAUCAUAAAAGGAAGUUGUUUAAAUGUGUCAUGCCAGUUGUGUUAACUCUUCUGUAUAUUGAAUCACAUUUGUAUGCCUCUGCAGUAAACGCUGCACUAAAACUUGUUACCAAGUGUCAGUUUGUCACAUUUAAUUGUCGUCACGUGUGCAUGUGUGUUUUCUCUGUAUUCUGCUCAUCAAAGGAAUGGGAAACCAUAUUGUUUCUGACCGCAACAACAAGAAGAUGCCACUGGGCGAGGACAGCCUUUCCUGGAAAAAGAGGACCACCGACGUCAAGGAGCAGUAUGACUUCAAAGAAAUUCUGGGAACGGGAGCGUUCUCUGAAGUGGUCUUGGCGGAGGAAAAGAGGACCCACAAACUGGUGGCCAUCAAGUGCAUUCCAAAAAAAGCGUUAGAGGGCAAAGAAAACAGCAUUGAGAAUGAGAUAGCAGUCCUGCACAAGAUUAAACACCCCAACAUUGUUUCUCUGGAGGAGAUAUUUGAGAGUAAAUCCCACCUCUACCUCAUCAUGCAACUAGUGUCUGGGGGGGAACUGUUUGACCGGAUCAUCGAGAAGGGCUUCUACACAGAGAAGGAUGCUAGUAAGCUGAUUCAGCAGAUUCUGGACGCUGUCAAAUACCUCCAUGACAUGGGCAUCGUGCACCGGGACCUCAAGCCAGAGAACCUGCUGUAUUACAGCAUGGAUGAAGACUCCAAAAUCAUGAUCAGUGACUUUGGUCUUUCAAAAAUCGAAGGUUCAGGCAGUGUGAUGUCCACAGCCUGUGGAACGCCUGGAUAUGUUGCUCCUGAGGUUUUGGCUCAGAAACCGUACAGUAAAGCAGUGGACUGCUGGUCAAUUGGUGUCAUAUCGUAUAUUCUGUUAUGUGGAUAUCCUCCCUUCUACGAUGAGAAUGAUGCCAAACUGUUUGAGCAGAUCCUGAAAGCAGAAUACGAGUUUGAUUCUCCGUAUUGGGACGAUAUCUCUGAUUCAGCUAAAGACUUCAUAGUGCAUCUGAUGGAGAAAGACCCAAACACGCGUUACACGUGUGACCAGGCUCUGCUGCACCCCUGGAUUGCUGGAGAUACUGCCCUGGAUAAGAACAUUCAUGAAUCUGUCAGCGCUCAGAUCAAGAAAAAUUUUGCAAAAAGCAAGUGGAAGCAAGCAUUCAAUGCCACUGCAGUGAUUCGUCACAUGAGGCGUCUCCAGCUGAGCACCGGCGGCGAAGCGCCCAACCCCUCCCUGCCUGGUCAAUACCCGACACACUUACUGAUGCCAGAGGAGGGUGCAGGAGCUUGUUGUGAAGGCGGUUGCUCCCAGAACGUCGACGGUGCCGCGGAUCCGAUGUCCAACUGCACCUACCGCUGCCACCCAGCCAGCAGUGUCUGAUCCGAGGCCCACUACAUGUACCGUCUUUCAAUCCUGAGUAACUGUCAAAUUUUAUCCCCCUCGGUUAAACCAGAGGCACCAUCUCCUCCCCAACCUUAUCUGGCUAGGAGUACAGCGCAAUUCCAACCUGUCGCCUGCAGGGGGUGCAAGCACGUCAAGUCCGGGAGGGAGGAGGCUUUAAAGGGGUUGAAUAGGUGGUGGAGGGAAACUUGAAGUGUAUAUGAUGAUGAUGCACCAUCGCAGAUCGUUUUUGUGAUGAGUUGAUGAAGAUACUAAGGAAAGGGGAGGGCUGCUUCCCCCACAUCUGUACUGGGGGGUUUGCAGAAGCAGGGUGGAGCUUGAUAGCCCUUGCUUUUUGUUUUCUUUUGUUGAUGCAGUUUUUGUUUACUUUUGUUUUCUUGGCCUCCUACUUUUGAGACUGUGGGGUGUAAAUCUGUCCGCAUGAGGGAAUGUCCCACAGGAGGUCUGGUCCUUGAACGCACCGUCUCAGAUGAGCUGCGGCGGUGGAGGGAUACCGGAGCGUGGGUGUGUAGGCAUCAAAAUAUAAAGUUCCACAUUUAAGUCUUUAAGAAGUGGAGCUUUUUUGACAAUCAGUGGCAAAAUAGUUCAUCAAUUUUCUUGUUUGUUCCAUGUAGCCUCUCUUGUGUUAUUUCAGUGUUUCUUGUAGAAAAAAAGCUUCUACUUUCCUUUUUUUUUUUAAUCCCGAACUUGUUGAACUAGAGGUUUAUAUUUGUCUAAGGUGCCUUCUGGAUAUACAGUAUGAUGGUUAUUUUUGGUGACUGGUAGACUCUGAAAGUGUUUUUUCUAUUUGUUAAGUCAUUCUGUAUUUGCUCACAAUUGGAUGCAUGUUCUGUUUUUACCACCAAAAAUAAUGCUAAAAGAAAGACAAAUUUUAAGAGUAACAGAUUUGGAUUAUUUAUAUAGUUUUAAAGUGUGUUUUAAAACAAGCAUUUAUUUGCCUGCAGCCUUUGGGGCUCAUUAAAGUGUAGGUGAACAUAUUAAAACAUAUUCACGUGUAGCCUUUAAAAUACAAGAAUGAUGACUAGCGUCACGAUUAUUCUGUGUUCACACCCAUUUCUAAAUUAGAUUUUUCUUCUUUUCCUCGACAUCUCUUUAAGGAACAUGCAUCGGCUUUAUGCAAAUGUAAUUGAACAAAUCUGUGCUUCAUGGUCUGCUAUCGUCAGGACGAAGGAUUCCUUAGCUUUACAUUUGCUCUAAUUAUUGGAUUAUCGUUUUUUCUCGGCGGUACAAACGUAUUUAGUUCUGGUUGUGUUUUAACUUGGUUUCUUACGGGUACAGAAUCACAAAAGGAGACAUUUUUACCGAAAUGUUACCCUUUAAUGACGGUUAGCAAAACUGAUUGUGCUACUUUAAAAUGUACUUUGAGGUUAAUAAACUGUAUUGAUGGUCAGUGAUGAUACUUGUGCUUUCUAAUGACAUGGGGCGUUCAUUUUUUUAUAUAAAAAAAGUUGACGUUUGGGUUUAUAAACGACUCUGAAACAUGAAAUCACAGUAAAACUUUGAGGCAUCACAAGAUUUAAUAAUAUAUCUAAUUUGAAAAACCUUUCACUUUAAUUUUUUUUUUAAAUCAAAACAUACCUUUUUAUUCAAACAGAGCUAUAUUUUCAGAGCAUUUAUGCUCAACACUUCUGCUUCCUGUGUACCGUAUUUUCCAGAGUAUAAGUCGCAGUUUUUUUCAUAGUUUAGCUGGGGGUGCGACUUAUACUCAGGAGCGACUUAUUUGUGUUGUUUUUUUAGACAUCAAAAGGAUUAUAUAUUUGUCAUUUUCUCAUUAAACGGCAUUUGUCUUUUAGCCGUUGUUUCCUCUAACAACCACUAGAGGGCGCUGCUUACAAAGUUCUUGCUACUGACAGUUGCAGAAGAAGUGUCGUCCAAAACAAACAUGGAAGAAAAUCUGUUAAACGUGGAUAUUCUUAUACCGAUCAAAAGAUUAUUAUUCUUUCUUCUUUUAAGAUAAUCUGAGUUUUUUGGAUUUGUUCUGAAACGUUAGACUUCUCUCCUUAUGUAUCUGAAGUUAUAUAUGGUUUUCUUCUUCUUGAUUAGAGAUGUUUUGCUCUUGCGACUUAUACUCCGGAAAAUACGGUAGUCUUAAUUUUAUUUUGCUCAUAUAUAAAAGUGAUUUUAAAGUCAAAUUGUAUCUUAAAACCGUCCUCUUCAGGAUUAGAGCUCAUUUUAAGGGAAGAAGAGUGACCCUGUCCUUUAGGGUGCUUAACAAUAGGUGCUUUCCUGGUUCAGCAUUUCAACUUUUGCACACGUUUUCCUACAUAAAUGUCACCCUGCCUCCUUCUAAGACGAGAACUAUUAAAACGAAGCAUUCAUUUGAAGGGUUUGCAUUUGUACUUUGGUUGCUUCUAGAGAAUGAUCUAUAUAAAUGACUAUUUGUACCAUAAAUAUGAUAAUGCCUUUAAUGAUGUUCGGGCCCAUAGAGUGUAACGUUGAAAUGUGGCUAUAGCUCAGUGUCAAACUUGGAAAAUGUUUUGCUUGCUUGCUUGAAACGAAUUUGUCAGUGAGUCAUUCAUUAAAUUUAUCUCUAUGCAUUAA